AUGGAUGCGAGAGAAAUCAAUGGCUCUGCCUCCGCCGUUAGAUCGAUAUCUCUUCCUAAGCAGCCGGAUUACAGUAGCAAGCAUGUUCAGGAGGCGUUGAUACAUUUGGCAUCUAUCAACCUCAGGGAGUUAUGUAAUGAGGCGAAGAUUGAGCGUUGUCGUGCAACCAGAGACUUGGCGAGCUGUGGACGGUUUGUCCACUAUGUGUUAAACCCAUGUGGACAUGCCUCCUUGUGCACAGAGUGUUGUCAGAGGUGUGAUGUUUGUCCAAUCUGUAGAAGCCCACUACCGAAAACUGGAUAUAGACUUCGGCUUCGUCUCUACUACGAAUGUGUUGAAGCUGGUUUAAUUUCUCAAACAUAUGAAGAAGUGUCACAUGAUUUGGAUGAAGAUGAACAUCAAUUGGCAGCUGAUGUUCAACGCCUUUAUUCUCUGUUUGAUGUUGCCAUGAACAACAAUUUGAUAUCUGUAGUUUGCCACUAUAUCACCAAUGUCUGUAUGGAUGAGACAGCUGUAUCUAGUGACCCGGUCAUUGCUUUCUUGCUGGAUGAAGUUGUUGUCAAAGAUUGGGUCAAGCGUACUUUCCGGAGCAUCUUGGCUGAGCUUCAAGAAAUCUAUAGGCUUGGAACAAAAGAGAUGCAAGGGUGGUUAGAUAAGCUCCUAAAGUGUUCGAAACAGGUGGCUGGCAUAUGUAAUGUGCUUGAAGUUAUGGAAUCAGCUUUUAAGGGUUCUGUUUCACCUCAGCUUCAAGACGUGCAGAAGCUUAGGGAGAACAUUGGAAAAACAAAGCAGCAUCUGGACAUAAUGGUCUGGUGCAUAAGACACGGAUUUCUGGAGGAUGUGAGGUCUCGGUAUUCUAAUUUCACAUCGUGGAAUGCUCUUGUACAUGAAAGGAAAUCAAAUGCAAUUAAACGUGCAUGGCCUGAUGCUGUAGACCAAUCUUCAGAUUGCAAUGUACAGGGUGCUUCCCUCUUUAUCGAGGAUGCUUUAGAAAAUCUUGAGAGAGAGCCAGAGUAUAGUCAGGAAAUAGGGGCAGACCUGGAAGUUAAAUGUUUGCAGAACGAUAAGAGAUCAUUUCUUAGGCCAAAAAUAGAGGGAACUUCAGGAUCUUAUCCAUUUGAGAAUCUUAGAACUGCUGCUGACAUACUCUUUUUACAUGGCAGUUCAGAUUUGGUUGUUGCGAAGCAAGCAAUUUUUCUUUACUACCUGUUUGAUCGGCAUUGGUCUACCCCUGAUAAACAUUGGAAGCACAUUAUAGAUGAUUUUGCUGCUACGUUUGGCGUAACCAGGCAUUCACUGCUAGAGUCUUUUGUAUUUUACCUUCUUGAUGAUGACUCAAAGGAGGCACUCGAGGAGGUUUGCAGGAUUCUUCCUGAAAUAUGUGGUCCAGAAACCUACCCUAAGGUUGCACAAGUCCUGUUAGAAAGGGAAAACUCUGAAACAGCUCUUAUGGUUUUGCGUUGGUCUGGUCGUGAUGGUGUAUCAGAUUUGGUUUCAAUUGGUGAAGCUGUCACAGCUCUUCGUGUGAGAGUGGAAUGUGGGCUUCUGAGUGAAGCAUUCACAUACCAAAGGGCACUCUGCUUGAAAGUAAAAGAAAAUAAAUUGAAAAAUGGAGCUGUGAAACAUGUGUCUGAUGAUUUAGACAGCUGGAGUUGGAUGGAAUGGAUGGAGAUUCUUGUCAACGAAUUCUGCUGCCUUUCUAUUAGGAGAAACUUGGUUGAUCGAAUCAUUGAGUUACCGUGGAACCCAGAUGAGGAGAAAUAUCUGCACAGGUGCUUAUUAGAUUCUGCAGCUGAUGACCCCUCAUCACCUGUGGGAAGUCUUUUGGUUGUCUUUUAUCUUCAGCGUUACCGUUACAUCCAGGCAUACCAAGUCGAUCUUAGGCUCCAGAAAAUUGAAGAGGCUUUCGUGUCCGAAAAUCAAGUUGGGGAAGAAGUUUUGUCUAGAAUGCAAUCACAGUGUCAUUGGAGAAAAGAGUUAGUUGAUAAAGCCAUAGAUAUACUUCCAGCCAUUCAGCAGCAGGAAGUUAGAUCAGGACAAUUUCCUGAGAUGGAAGAUACUGCUUCUGAAGCGGCAAGAAAUUCUGAUCUUCCUGAUGCACCUGAGAUGAUUACUUCUUCAGUUCCCGUUUCUACUAAUUCCGUAUUUCUUCAACGGGCUAAUAAUGCCAGCGCUAGAGAGCCAGUAGCUAAUAAUGGCAGUCCUUUUAAACCCAGUCAUUUGAUAGGAAACUCUUCCCUUGAUAUUUCUUAUGGAAGAUUAUUUACAAGCACGAAUAGAGGAGAAAAGAGUGAAAUUAGAAGCAUAACCAAGACCCUGAAAUUCGGCGAGGCGUCAACUCCGUUCAAAGAUCUUAAUAGAGCUCAUGGGAACAGUCAGCUCAAAGGAAAAAGAACUGAAGAAACCUCUCCGGAGACAAAUGUUGAUAGAUUCAUGGAGAAUAAUAUGAGCUCUCCUUAUCUCCGCCGGGUCACAGCUAACAGUCCUGUAACAAUGAAACCCAGCAGCAACCAUCUCAAUGGAUCUGCACAGAAACCGAAAUCUACUUUCUUUGGCACUAGGAUGCAACCAGAAAAAGAACUCGCGUCCCAUAACUUUGUCCAUUUGGAUUAUCCAAUGGACAUGUCUUCAAGCUUGAAGGACAACAAGAACGUCUUGGCCAACGAAAGCGGAAACAACGGUAGCGGAUUGAGGUGGCGGUCAGAUGAAACAAGCGAUGAGGAAGAUGAACCGAAAUGGAGCAUGGGACCGACUACUAGUUCCGGUUCCAUACCGGUUAAGGAAAGGAGGAGACGUCUUCAAUAUGAUAAUAACAAUUGCGAGAUCGGUGUAUUUUCCAAACUCACAAAUGCUUAUUGCCUCGUUGCCCCAAAAUCUGCCUCAAACUUCUUCACUGGCUUUGAAUCGAAGUUAAAAGGUGUUAUCCCCAUUGUUACGACCUCUAUAGGAGGAACUCAGACUAUUGGUAGUCUUUGUGUUGGUAACAAAAACGGACUUCUUUUGUCUCACACCAUUACAGAUCAAGAGCUUCAACAUUUGAGAGAUAGUUUGCCUGAUGAAGUUGUAGUCCAGAGAAUCGAGGAACCUCUAUGUGCACUUGGAAAUGCCAUAGCUUGUAAUGACUAUGUCGCGCUUUCGCAUCCAAAGCUCGAGAAAGAAACGUUAGAGAUAAUAAGUGAUGUUCUUGGUGUUGAAGUUUUCCCGCAAACCAUUGCGAAUAACGAACUUGUGGGAAGUUAUUGUGCCUUAUCCAAUAAAGGUGGAAUGGUUCACCCGGACACCAAAGUCGAGGAAAUUGCCGAACUGGCGAAUCUUCUUCAAGUGCCUUUGGCUGCAGGAACAGUGAACCGUGGGAGCCAAGUAAUAUCUGCGGGCUUGAUCGUGAACGACUGGACCGCUUUCUGUGGAUCAGACACAACUGCAAUAGAGCUCUCUGUUGUUAACAGCAUCUUCAAGCUAAUGGGAUCCCAGCCCGGUUUUGUCAUUACUGAAAUGAGAAAGUCUUUGAUCGAUACCUCUGUCUAA